GUCAGCGGUGUCAUCUCAAAAACAAUAUGGCGGCAGAAUGAAAAAGACAAGAGAAUGAGUGUGUCGGUGUGUCUUCGAUUUCUUACAAUUGAGGCGACAGAAUAAAAACAAGUGUUAUUUUCGGAAAUUCAAACUGUGAAUACAUUGUGAUGUGAUGGGAUAAGUAUUUUUUGUCACAAUAUCGGGUAGUUCGGUGGUUUUUGUGAGUCAUGGCCGAUGUGGAGAUUUGUAAUCUAGCGGGAAGCGAGAUGGCUUUGCCUAUCGACCUCGUCAACCAGGUGGAGAUCUUUAACCAGGUUUUAAGCAUUAACACAUGGAGGGAUGUGCUGAGCAAUGAGGACCGGAAGUAUUUAGAGAAAUUUCUACCUAAACUACCAACUGACAACCCAAAUGCUCAAGAGGUCAAUUUAAGAGCACUGUUUGGAGGAGAGAAUUUCAAGUUUGGAAACCCACUUCAACAAUUCCACUCUCAUUUGAAAGAUGGAUUCUUUUAUCCAGAUGUUGUCAAAUACAAAAAACUUUGCCAAAAAGCAAAAUACAAGGAAUACAGACUUCAACAGCAGCAGUUUUACAGGAAUCUAUUACAAGAGGUGAUGCUAUCUAGACAGGAGAUUCUUGAUCAAGUAAGCCGGCAGGGACCCAGCGAUCCGAUAAGAACCAGAGGAAAAGUUGUGUCAGACGAAGGAUCAUACGUAGAACACAAAGUGAAGCAGAAGAUGGACAAGAUCCUAAAUGAAUGCAGGAAAGAGAACGAGGAUGUCAUCAUGUCUUCGGAAGAUGAGGAUAGCCAGAUGACAAAUGGAAAAGGGUUUCCUGUCCCUGGCUACAGAGUUCCUUGUGUCUUGUCGCCUCCUGGUUUCCAUUCUGUUGUGGCUCCAAUACCUGGCAUGCCGUAUGGGUACCCAUCCCUCCCCCACACAUCGCCGUUAUCUUGUUUACAAAUUGCAUCUCCUAGUAUGGUGACUGAGUCGGACUUUCAGAAAAUGCUUCAGAGACACAAGAAAAAGAGGAUGCUGGGGGAGAAUAUACCUGAACUCGACACUAGGUUUAUGAGCCUUCAAGAUAUCGUACAGAGAACAAAUCCUACCAAAAAAGCAACAAGAACUUAUAAUCCCAAAAACAAACCUCGUCUACCAAUGCAAGUUGAUUUAAAAAAGAAGGACAAGAAAGCCAAGUUGAAAAAGAAAUUAAAGCAGAAGCUACAGCAAAAACAGGAACGCCAAGCGAGUGCCAAGAAGCAAGAAAUAAAGCAAAAUACUAUGAGUGAACCAGUACCUCUGUCAGACCUGCCGCCUGCACCAAGUGGAAAAUUAUCCUGCUUCUUUAGCUUAUUACGAGAAGUUUUCUACACCCUCCAAGACCUCAAGGGAACACUACAAAAGAUUGAGGAGCAAGUCCGCUCCUGGCAGGCAUCGUACAGUUUUACUUCAAGUCCUUGGAGUGCACAGCAAGAAGAUUGGGUCAAGCUUGUCUACUCAUCACUUAUGUACUUGUCCGGAAGCUCUGGGGUUACAGCCUCAGCAUUUGUUCCUUUGGUCGACUUCAAAGAGCGUCCUCAGCAGUGGAAAUGGAUAGGAGCAUUUCGUGAUUCAGACGAAGAGCUAGUCAACUUGUGCCAGGACUGGCUUCAAGUUAAGGAUCAACUUUCCAUAAAGAAGACAACUUCUGAAGGAGGCAGCUCUGUCAACGCCCCAGAGGCCAGAGUUAAAACCGACUAUGUGGUUCGGCCAAGUACUAAUAGUGAAAGAGAGAUAUUCAGGGCGCAGGAGGCGAAGCGGUACAUAAACCCACACUUGGCAUACACAUUUGUGAUGCAUGGGUUUGAGUCCAUUGUUGGUCCUGUCAAGGGUGUAUUUUCGAAGGAGACGAAUCUAAACAAGGCCCGUGAGCACUCUCUACUCAUAUCCAACAGACCUCCAUUCGUCACCAUCCUCACCCUGGUCAGGGACGCGGCGGCGAGGCUGCCAAACGGGGAGGGCACCCGGGCCGAGGUCUGCGAACUACUCAAAGACUCACAGUUCCUCAACAUGGACGCUACAGAUGCACAGAUUCACACGGUUGUCAGCGGUGCGCUGGACCGCCUUCACUACGAGAAAGACCCGUGCGUCAAGUACGACAGCAACCGAAAAGUCUGGAUCUAUCUCCACCGAAACCGAACUGAGGAGGAAUUCGAAAAAAUUCACCAAGCCAACGCUGCCGCAGCACGAGCAAAGAAGUUGCAAAAACCACGAGUUCCCCGACAGCCAAAGCAAGCGAAGGAGGAGACUUCAUCUCCGCCAGUAGCCGAGGCGAUCGACCCAUCUGCCGCCAUUGCCUCAGUUGCCUCACCUUCUGCAUCCCUCGACACCAACAAGCCCACAAUCAAACUCAAAUUCGCUGGCAACUUCUCCCCAUCUAGCACCGGACAUCCCAAAGUGUCUGUGAUCACGGCCGUCGGACAGGGCUCGAAGUUGGACAAGAUACCAAAAGGCUCGCUCAUAACGGCCACAAUUCAAGGUGGGACGGUAAUCAUGUCGCCAAAGCAGAAGACCGCCACUAAGCCGAGCACAAGUGAUGCAGGCUCACCCAUCGCCCUUAAACACGCAAGUGCACUUAACUCGCAUGCAAGCCCGCUUAAUUCCGCUAGCUUUAGCCCAGUGCAGGCUCAGGCCAUCGGGGACGAGCCGGCAGUGCGGAGGUCCGGCGGUAGUGAAAGUGACAUCAGUAGUUCAAGUGAGAAUGGGAGUGGCUCCGGGAGCAGCAGCGAGGACGAGGGAGCCUGGGGUGAGGCCCAGUCUGGUGGCAAGUCUACCACAGCUGCUCUCAAGUACAGCCAGCAUGUCAGUCAAAUCAACAAAGGUGAGAACACCAGGGUACCAAUCACUGGCAAAUUUCAAAGAGGAGGGCCACGUAAGUGCCGAAGAGCAUGAUGGGUACGAGAGCAGUGAGGGUAUGAACAGUGGAAGUGAUGACGGCAACUAGGACUAAGCGUGGAGAACUUACUGCCCUCACUAGACAGAUCCAGGCCAGGAAUUUUGUUCCGCGAAAAGUGUGUUGACUGUCUGUGUUUUAUGUAUGUUUUAAUGUGACAUGAAACAAAAUGUGUGAGAAGCUAAUAAGUUCAACAUAUUGAAUAAAUGGAGUCUGCAGCUUCUA